AAAGUGAAAGCGCGCAGCAUUUACAAACUCAGAUAAGACUUUAAGAAACAUUUGUUAAUACAGUUACACGUGCAUUAAAUUUGCAGGAGUUGACUGUCCUUGUGGACCCAUUUACGGGUUAAAACUUCAGUACGGCAGGCGUGCCUCUACAAUACAGAGCACGAUACGGCAGCUGAUUCCGCUGCACAUCAUUAAUACAACUUCACAUUAAGUCAAUACAAUCGAAUUAUUUCUGUGUCUUCAGCCCUUAUGUAAACUACUGGCAGAAGUCUUUUGGGGGCUUCUUAUGGCAGUAGAGUUUGUACUGGUAACCCAUCUUUAAAAUGCACGGUCGGAGUCCAGAAUUUAACGAGUAACCCUACCCGUAAAACGUUUCAUUGUGCAAACCGAACAGAUGUCCAAUACGAGUAAGGCAGUACUCCCUGAGAUCUCGCGUUUUUGCAUUUUACACUUCGAUUUUGGAGCCUGCAGAUAUUUCAGAAGCAGUUCAUAAUCGACGACGCUGAUUUCAGAAUUUGAUUUGAGUUGUACCACGUCAUGCUGUACCUCUAUGAAGAUAGGUCAUUUUUCCAGCCGAAAGGAGGGAAGGAGAAGCAAACAGUGAAGAAAGAGGAGGAGACUACAGAAAAGAAAGUGCCCCUCAAAUCUCCCCUGAAGCCUCAGAACGGAGUGCAUGAAUGUGAUUCGCCGGUGAAAAGGACUGCGAAGAGAUGUCGAGCAAUCCUAGACAGCGAUGAUGACGAGGAGCCAGAAAGCAAGGACCAAUCGGAUGACAGGAAUGUCCAGGGGGACACGCCCACUCCACAACCAGAAAAGAAACCGGAUCUCCCCAAAUCUCCACCUCCCUCCAUGAAAACAGACCCCAGUUCCAGUGCGGAUUCCCCCAUUGAUCAGUCACCCGUCACUGAGGCUUCUGGGACGUCUCCAUCCGGCAUUCCCAAACGAAGGACUGCUCGGAAGCAGUUUCCGAAGAGAAAGCUGGAGAGCACAACAGAGGGGCGGAGCCAGUCCUCCGAGGAAGGAGAGUCAAAAGGGAGCGAGCCAAAGAGAGUGCGGCGAGAGGAGGCGGGCACAGCAGAGGAAGUGACUGAAGAAGACAUGGAGGUUACAAGUGAAAGUGUACCCAAAAAUAAUCUGAAGAACGAAAAUGCUGAUGUGGAAAGUGUGCACAAGAAGGGGGAGGAAACCGAUGCAGUUAAGGGGGAGGGUUCACCCAGAAAGGAAGAGAAAGAGGCGACAUCACCCAAACAGGAAGUGAAAAAAGAAGUCAAGGUGAAUCCGGAAGUGAAGAGCCCAGGGGUUAAAGGUAAAAAGUCACCCAAACAGGAAGUGAGAAAAGCCAAAAGCAAAAAUUCACCAAAACAGGAAGUGAAAAAAUUGAAGCAGGAGCCAGAAGAAGUUAAAAGCCCAGAGGGAAACAGGAAGUUGGUGCAGUCAGAAGAGGAAGUGAAGGCGGAACCACCCAAGAAGAAACCAAUCAGCAGCUUCUUUGCACCCAAGAAAGCCGCUGCCAAGUUAGAGAAGCCGGGUGACAAACCAGCCAAUCAGCUCUCGUCUCCUGAAGGAGGCAGCAGCACGGAGACCAAGCCAGCCAAUCAGCUCUCGUCUCCUGAAGGAGGCAGCAGCAAGGAGACCAAGCCAGCCAGUUUUUUCGGAGGAUCAGCAAAGACUGCAGCUGCUCAGGAGACCUCCACAGAUUACAAUCCAUCGAAACAGAAGUAUGACCCUGUGAACGAUGCCUGCUGGAGCCAAGGCCAGAGAGUUCCCUAUCUGGCUGUGUCCCGGACGUUUGAGAGAAUUGAAGAGGAGUCUGCCAGGCUGCGUAUUGUUGAGAUCCUCAGUAACCUGUUCCGCUCAAUCGUGGUCCUAACCCCCUCGGACCUGCUGCCCUGUCUCUACCUCUGUCUGAACCAGCUCGGACCCGCCUUCCUGGGUUUGGAGCUUGGGGUUGGAGAGACUGUGCUCAUGAAGGCUGUUGCCCAGGCGACAGGUCGUCAGCUGGACAGGAUCAAGGCGGAGUCUCAGGAGAAAGGAGAUCUAGGAUUGGUUGCCGAGAGUUCCCGUAGCAACCAGCGUAUGAUGUUCACUCCGCCUAAACUGACCGCCGUGGGAGUUUUCAGCAAGUUGACUGACAUUGCCAGAAUGACGGGGAAUGCGUCCAUGAACAAGAAGAUUGAUAUCAUCAAAGGGCUGUUUGUGGCUUGUCGAUUCUCGGAGGCGCGCUACAUUGUGCGAUCCCUGGGCGGUAAACUUCGCAUAGGACUUGCAGAGCAGUCUGUAUUGGCAGCUUUAGCACAGGCAGUCUGUCUGACACCUCCAGGACAAGAAUUCCCCCCCGCGGUGCUGGAUGCUGGGAAGGGAAUGUCUAGCGAGUCUCGGAAAGCCUGGAUCGAUGAGAAAGUGCUUCUCCUCAAGCAGACGUACUGUGAGCUGCCUAACUAUGACGUGAUUGUGCCGGUUCUCCUAAAGGAAGGAAUUGAUGAACUUCCUAAACACUGCAAACUGACUCCAGGGGUGCCUCUGAAGCCCAUGCUGGCCCACCCUACGAGAGGAAUCGGGGAGGUUAUGAAGAGGUUUGAUGAAGCCGCUUUCACCUGUGAAUACAAAUAUGAUGGAGAGAGAGCUCAGAUCCACAUUCUUGAGAAUGGAGAGAUUCACGUUUACAGUCGAAACCAAGAGAACAACACCAGCAAAUACCCUGACAUCAUCUCCAGAAUACCAGAGGUCAAGAAGGCGGGCGUUGUCUCGUGUAUUAUUGAUGCAGAGGCCGUGGCUUGGGACAGAGAGAAGAGGCAGAUUCAGCCUUUCCAAGUGCUUACCACUCGCAAGAGAAAGGAUGUUGAUGCCUCGGAUAUCAAGGUUCAAGUCUGCGUGUACGCCUUCGAUCUGCUUUAUCUCAAUGGAGAGUCCCUGGUCCGCCAGCCCCUGUCUCGAAGGCGCUCGCUGCUCAAAGACAGUUUCGUCGAGAAGGAGGGGGAGUUUGUUUUCGCCUGCGCUAUCGACUCCGACAACACUGACGCCAUUGCGGAAUUCCUGGAACAGUCGGUCAAAGACUCUUGUGAAGGGCUCAUGGUAAAAACACUGGAAAAGGAUGCUACUUACGAGAUCGCAAAGAGAUCGCACAACUGGCUGAAGUUAAAGAAAGAUUACCUGGAUGGCGUCGGCGACACUUUGGACUUGGCUGUGAUUGGUGCGUUCCUGGGCAAAGGAAAGAGAGCCGGGACGUACGGAGGCUUCCUAUUGGCUUGUUACGAUGACGAGAACGAGGAGUACCAGUCCGUCUGCAAGAUCGGAACAGGAUUCAAAGAUGAAGAUUUGGAGACACAUUUCAACUUCCUCAAGGACCAUACUUUGCCGAAACCCCGCCCCUAUUACCGUGUGGACCAAUCUACAGAGCCGGAUGUGUGGUUGGAUGCGGUCCAAGUGUGGGAGGUCAAGUGUGCUGACCUUUCACUGUCACCUGUUCACAAAGCAGCCAUGGGAUUGGUGGAUCCAGUCAAAGGCAUCUCGCUGCGCUUCCCAAGAUUCCUGAGAAUCCGAGACGACAAGAAGCCAGAAGAUGCCACCAAUGGAUCGCAGGUGGCAGAUUUGUACAGGAAACAGCAGCAGGUACAGAACCAGGGCUCUGAGAAGGCUGACCUGGAGGAUUAUUACUGAGACAUCUUGAGACCGCGCCAGCCAGCCUGGGCUGCGUUUCCAUCUCCAAGGUGAAACCGGGCUCGGUACGCUUUUCAGAAUUGAAAAACAGGAGUUCAUAUUUAGAUGAAACAUUCCAAGGUGCUGCCUAGCAAGGGUUAAAGUAACUAAUCCAUUUUUCAAGGUAGACUGCUUUAAAAAAAAAAAAAAAAAAAAAAAAAAGAAAAAAUAGUUAGAAAAUUGAACAUCCCAGCGAAGUGUCAUAAAGACAGCAAUUCACUAUACAGGGUAUUUCACAAAAAAAAAUCGUAGCGGUACUAAUGUGUUCACAAAUGUUUUUAAAAGGCUGUACACCUCAAACCCUGGUCCUACUAACAUACAGCGUUUGUGCUGUAAGUACUUUUGGUUUCUAAGUUGUGGUGCUUUUGAGCCUGUUGACAAUGAAAUAAAGGUUUGCUUUUUCUAAAA